AUGGCCUCACCUAUGAUUGUCCUUGUCACUGGCGGUAACGGUGGCAUUGGCUACGAAACGGUAAAAGCUUUUUACGAGUCCGACAAGUCAUAUCGCAUUUUAAUGGGUAGUCGCUCCAUGGACAAGGCAAAGGCGGCUAUUGAACACCUCUACGACGAGUGUCCGGGAGCUACCAACACCAUCGAGGCAUUGGAACUUGACAUCGCCAGCGAUGAUUCUAUUGACAAAGCAUUUGCCAAAGUCCAGACCGAUAUCGGGUACAUCGAUGCCCUAGUCAACAAUGCCGGAGCCACUUUCGACCUAGAAUACCUCGGUGGUCGGGUCUCACUCCGAGGGUGCUUCAACAAUGCUUACAAUGUGAAUGUGGCUGGCACGCACGUCAUGACAGCAACUUUCAUCCCUCUUCUCUUGAAGUCAAAGGACCCACGUCUAAUCUUUGUAACCGGGCUAUCCAAUAUCAACCAAGCAGGAGAAAAAUAUUUCCCCACGCCGCCUCAACCCACUGGAUGGCCAAAGAAGAUUGACUUUGAAACCAUUGGAUACCGAUGCAGCAAGACUGCGCUGAACAUGCUGAUGCUGGAUUGGAACCACAAGCUCAAGGAAGAUGGGGUGAAGGUUUGGUGUGUUGGACCCGGCAUGCUAGCCACUAAUUUGGGUGGCAUGCCGGAGUUGGCUAAAAAGAUGGGAGCCAAGCAUCCGAGUAUUGGUGGGAGGUUUAUUAAGAGAGUUGUUGAAGGGGAGAGGGAUGAUAGUGUGGGCAAGAUUGUGGUUGAGGCGGGAGUUAUGCCGUGGUAA